GAUGUCCCAGGCGCCUGGCCUCGAUAGCCCGCCGCCCCUCCCUUGGCGCUUGGCUCUCGACGGCGUCCGGGGCGUGGCCGUUCCCUCGAGAGCCCCGUCCCUGAGCGGACCCGCCCACCUCUGAGAGGUAUGUCUUUGCAAAACGCCACUCUUUCCAGAGAGGGAAACACAGAAGCAGAGAUUAUGGCUGCUGUGUUUUUUUCUGUUGGACCUCUGAGCCCUGAAGUUACCAAGCCAGAUGAAGAUCUUCACCUUCAGGCAGAAGAAACAGAAUUGGUAAAGGAAUCAGUGACAUUUAAGGAUGUGGCUAUAGACUUCACAUUGGAGGAGUGGAGGUUGAUGGACCCUACACAGAGGAACCUGCAUAAGGAUGUAAUGCUGGAGAAUUACAGGAAUCUGGUCUUUGUGGGGCUUGCAGUUUCCAAACCAGACAUGAUAUCUCAUUUGGAGAAUGGGAAAGGACCAUGGGUGACGGUGAGAGAAAUUUCAAGAAUUCCCUAUCCUGACCUGGAGACCAAACCUGCAACCAAGAAUGCUACACGAACAAAGGAUGUUUCUGAAGAUUUAUCACAGCAGGCCAUAGUAGAGAAACAUACAGAGAAUAGUCUAUGGGAUUCCAGAAUGGAAGGGUUAUGGAAAUGGAAUGAUAGGAUAUUGAGAUUACAAAAUAAUCAGGAGAAUCAUUUGAGUCAAAGAAUAAUUACACUCAAGAAGACUCCCACUAGUCAAAGAGGCUUUAGAUUUGAAUCUAUUCUUAUUCCAGAACCAGGUGUUCCCACAGAAGAGGUUCAUAGUAGAUACCAAACACAAGAGGAAAAUUUCGCAGAAAAUAUGGAUUUGAUUACAGAUACCCAUUUGAGAAAGAUAAUUUGCAAGGAAAUGAAAGGCAGCAAAGCCAUAAGGCAGACUUCAGAACUUACUUUGGGGAAAAAAUCCAAUAAUAAGGAAAAACCCUACAAAUGCAGUACCUGUGAAAAGGCCUUUCGUUAUAGGUCAUUGCUCAUUCAGCAUCAAAGAACUCACACUAAAGAAAAACCUUAUGAAUGUAAUGAAUGUGGGAAAACAUUCAGCCAGCCUUCAUAUCUCAGUCAGCACAAAAAAAUUCACACUGGAGAAAAACCCUAUAAAUGUAAUGAAUGUGGAAAGGCCUUCAUUGCUUCUUCAUCACUUAUGGUACAUCAGAGAAUUCACACUAAAGAGAAACCUUAUCAGUGUAAUGUGUGUGGGAAAUCUUUUAGCCAGUGUGCCCGUCUUAAUCAGCACCAGAGAAUUCAAACUGGUGAGAAACCUUAUAAAUGUAGUGAAUGCGGGAAAGCUUUUAGUGAUAAGUCAAAACUUGCAAGACAUCAGGAAACUCACAAUGGUGAGAAACCCUACAAAUGUGAUAAUUGUGGGAAAGCCUUUAGGAAUAAGUCGUAUCUUAGUGUACAUCGGAAGACCCAUACUGAAGAGAAACCAUAUCAGUGCAAUGAGUGUGGGAAGUCUUUUAAGAAUACCACAAUUUUUAAUGUGCAUCAGAGGAUUCAUACUGGAGAGAAACCUUUUAGAUGUAAUGAAUGUGGAAAAGCCUAUAGAAGUAAUUCAAGCCUUAUCGUACAUAUAAGAACCCACACUGGGGAAAAACCCUAUGAAUGUAAUGAAUGUGGGAAAGCAUUCAACCGCAUUGCAAAUUUCACAGAACAUCAGCGGAUUCACACAGGAGAAAAACCCUAUAAAUGUAAUGAAUGUGGGAAGGCGUUCAUUAAUUAUUCAUGCCUUACUGUACACCACAGAAUGCAUACAGGAGAGAAACCUUAUAAAUGUAAUGAAUGUGGAAAGGCCUUCAUGCGUUCUUCUUCUCUAAUUAUACAUCAGCGUAUUCAUACUGAAGAGAAACCUUAUCUGUGCAAUGAAUGCGGGGAGUCUUUCAGAAUAAAAUCACACUUAACUGUACAUCAGAGAAUUCACACUGGAGAGAAACCAUAUAAAUGUACUGACUGCGAGAGGGCCUUCACCAAAAUGGUAAAUCUCAAGGAGCAUCAGAAAAUUCAUACUGGAGUGAAACCCUAUAAAUGUUAUGAUUGUGGAAAGUCCUUUAGGACUAAAUCAUACCUUAUUGUACAUCAAAGGACACAUACUGGAGAAAAACCAUAUAAAUGUAAUGAAUGUGAGAAAGCCUUCACUAAUACAUCACAGCUUACCGUGCACCAACGAAGGCAUACUGGAGAGAAGCCCUAUAAAUGUAAUGAAUGUGGAAAGGUUUUCACAAGUAACUCAGGCUUUAAUACACAUCAAAGAACACAUACUGGAGAGAAACCAUUUAAAUGUAACGACUGUGGGAAAGCAUUUAGCCAGAUGGUACAUGUCACAGAACACCAGAAAAUCCACAGUGGAGAGAAGCCCUAUAAGUGUGAUGUCUGUGGAAAAGCCUUCAGGAGAGGUUCUUACCUUACAGUGCAUUGGAGAACACACACUGGAGAAAAACCCUACACCUGUAAGGAAUGUGGAAAGGGUUGUAUUACUGUAUCACAGCUAACCUUACAUCAGAGAAUUCAUACUGGGGAGAGGCCCUAUAAAUGUGAAGAAUGUGGAAAAGCCUUCAGAACUAACUCAGACUUUACUGUACACUUGAGGAUGCAUACUGGAGAAAAACCCUAUAAAUGUAAUGAAUGUGGAAAAGCCUUCAGGAGUAGUUCAAGCCUUACUGUACAUCAAAAAAUACAUCAGAGAGAAACUCAGUCAAUAUGAAGAUGGUAAGUCAUUCAUCCAGAUGUCAACUCCAGAAGAUGAAUCUUAUAAACUAUAUAUUAUGAAUAUAGGAAAAUCUUCAUUAGGAAUUCAGAAAUUAUACAGAGAAGCUCUAUAAACAAUUAUGUAGGAAAUAAUAAUAUUAAUUUGUAGAAGUUAUAAGAAAACUCUCACUAGAGGAAAAUAAUGAACAAAUGAAAGCUUUUAUCCAGAUUUUAUACUUUACUCUUUUAACAAAUUAUCUUCAGUUAAUUGCCUAUAUAUGUAUUUGCCUAUUUUUCUAUUCAUUUAUCUGUCUUUUCUUAUAAACUUAGAGGAACUUUUAAUACAUUUUAGGUAUUAAUCAUUUGUCAUUAUGUAACAUGUUUUUCCUAAUCUAGCAUUUGCCUUUAUACUUUUUAGUAAUGGCACAACAUUUUUUUAAGAAAAUAUAUCAUUUUCUUUUUAGAUUUUUUAUUUACUCAUUUUACUUAAAACAGAUCUCCUUAAUGCCUAGGUUAUACGUAGCAUCCUAAAUUUCUUUUUAAGAUUUUGAUGAUUUUAUUUUUUACAUUUAAGUCUUUAAUCCCCCUGGACUGGAUGGUUCUUCAUAGGAGAGCAACUCUAAGUGAUAAUUAACCCAUGAAAAGAUUUUGAACCUAAAAAGUACUCAGGGAAAUGAAAAUGGAAAUGAGCAGUGAGAUGAAACUUCCCCUUCAUGGAUUUGGUAAAUGUUAAGAGAUCUUUUGCUAUUGGGGUUUGGAAAACCAUGUAUCCUUAUUUAAAGGUUACAUAACAUAUUUCCACCAUCAGUCCAACAAUAUACAUUUAAAAGCUUAAAACAUAUAUACUGUUAGGCCCAGCAGUCUCACUUUUGGGAUCUGUCCAAUAGAAACAAAAGCAGCAUCAAUGCAUAAGAAUAUAAAUAAACAUGUUUGUUGAAGUAUUGUUUGUAGAAGGGGCAAAGCCCCAACUGCAAACACAGUGAAUGCCCAUUAAUAUGGGAAAUGGUUAGAUAAAUUGUGACAUAUCCAUAUUAUGGAACAGUGUGAGAGUAAUUUUUUAAAUGAAUUAUAUACUAGCUGAUUUCAAUGUAUUUCCACAAUGUAUGAUAAAUAAUUGCUUUAUAGCAGAAAUGUAUAUAUACAGUAUUUCAUUUUUGUUAAAAUAAUCAUACUCAUUAUUUUGUAUUUAUGUGUGUGUGUGAUUAGAUGCACAUGGAGACAGGUAUGGAAGAAUAUACACCAGGCUGUUGAUAUUGAUUACCUUGAGGGGAGGGAGCAAAGGAGAAAUAGAGAUGAGGGGAGAGUGUAAAAACAGAAAAAUGUAAAUGCAACACAUAUGGUAUAAAACUGUGUAUGUAAUAUUAUGUAUUUAUGUGAACAUUUGAGAGAGAUGAAUGAAAGCAUGUUCUCCAAAAAAUUAAUGAUGGUUAUUUCUGUUUUAGUGAAGUGUCAGGUAUUUUUUGUUUUUUUUUUUUUACUUUCUUUUCUGUGUUUUUAAGUUAAAUUUUUCUUUGCAAUGAACAUACAAUAUUUAUAUAAAAAGGAAAAAUCUUUU